AUGCCGCUUUCGCCUUUUGUGUCUAUCCUCAGGGCUUGCUGUGGUUCAAGCUCAAGAUUCCCUCCCCAGCAAAUCAAGACCUUGCUCCAUUCAUUUGUAGCCCCAAGUCUCUUAUUACAAGCUGAAACACCAGUGUCUCCUCUGGAGGCACUUCUCGAGAGCCUCUCAGCUAUCGCUCAGCCGGCCACUUUUGAAGCAACUCUGGUGUUCCUGGAUGAGUCUAUCUUGAGGUGUAUUCGUACUCCAUUCAAAUAUAUCGACGACUACGCUGAGCUUGUUCUGAAUAUAUCGGGGCCUCAGAGGCAAGGGCAAGGUACCGCGGCUGUGAGCCCUCUGGUUAUGACAAUAGUUGAGCAGUUCAAAUUCUUCAUAGAAUCAGAUGCCCCUCGUGGAGUGAAACUAGGCUUUUCGACUUGGUUGGCAAGGUUCAUGGAGUCUUGUGCAAUUUUAGGAGAAAACGGGCAUGCCCUUGCCGCUUUGUGCAAUCGCCUUGUUGAACUCUGCGGGUAUGACAAAGCAAGUAAAGGUGUUUUCAAAUCGCUAAAACAGGAUCUGGAGGGGGGAGGGGGAUUCCAACUUGUUAAUAGAGAAUCACCCGAACCAACGCCAAAGAGAUACGGAGGAAUAAUUUCAGGAGAGAAGCGCUCCCGGGAUCUGUUCAGAAGUUUGAGGAGAUUAGACACACAGGCUAUUGAGAAUUUGCUGCGCCUUUAUCGGGAUGUAGGAGCUGAGGUUUCACUACUUGAUAUUGUGGUGAUUUGUAGAGCGGUGGGUAGUAUACUAGAUGGUAGCACGAUAAACGAAGGCGAUGCUUGCGCCGCUAUCUCUAAACUACUAGGCCUUUUAAAGGCUCUCUUCGAGCGGAUACCAAGGGGCGAUGGGCUUCGUGGUCGUGCCAAAGCAAUGUUGGCCCAUGACAGCAUUUGGAUUGAGUCUUUUCUCCAUGUGCCGGUGGAUCCAGGAAGAGUCCCACGAUACAUCAUUUUCUCAACAGGCAAUUGCCCUCUAUGUCUGCUGGACGAGUCGAAAGCUUGCUAA